AAACUAAAAGAAUUUAGACAAUUUUUGGCGAAACCAUUAGAUACACUUCCCUGACUUCUUUUAAUUGUUUUUCUCGUUCUUUUUUAAAGCCCAAGCCAAACAAGUCAAACCAAACAAAAAGAAUAAACAAAUAUGUCUGCUCAUGAUUUAUUGUAUGUUGUUCCCAAAUCGACACCUCCAAAAGUUGUGAGAGGCGAAGGUGUCUACCUGUAUACAGAUGACAAUAAGAAAAUCUUGGAUGGCACCGGUGGUGCGGCUGUUUCUAGUCUUGGAUACGGAAACCAUGAAGUGAUUGAUAGUAUGAAAACCCAAGCGGAGAAGUUGUGUUAUGUCCACAAUAUGAGCUUUACAAAUGAACCCGCUGAAGAAUUAGCACACAUGCUUGUUUCAAAAAACCCAGAUGUCUUUGCUCGUGCUUACUUUGCCAACAGUGGAUCCGAAGCCGUUGAAUCAGCUCUGAAGUUUGUUUUGCAAUACUGGCAACUCCGUGGUCAACCCGAACGAUGCCAUUUCGUUUCUCGCAAACAAUCCUACCAUGGAAACACACUCUUCGCUCUGGGCAUUGGCAAAAUGGUGCCUCGUCGCACUCCCUAUAUAAAUGUGUAUCCCAAAGUUACAUCUUAUGUAGACCCUUGCUACACAUACCGUUACCAGAAAGAAGGUGAAACAGACGAGCAGUAUGUAUACCGUUUGGAGAAACAGCUGGAGGACGAAUUUCUGGUUGUAGGCCCGAAUCGAAUUGCUGCUUUUAUAGCCGAAACCGUUCCAGGAACAUGUCUUGGUUGUACUACCGCUGUUGACGGCUACUUUAAGGCUGUUCGUCGUGUAUGUGACAAGUACGACAUUAUCCUCAUCCUUGAUGAAGUCAUGUGUGGUUUGGGCCGAACAGGAACCUACCAUGCUUGGGAACAAGAAGGCAUCGCCCCAGAUAUUCAAACUAAUGCCAAGACUCUCGCUGCAGGCUAUCAACCUAUUUCUAGUGUUCUAAUAGGUCACCGCAUUUUCAAGGCUUUUGAAGAAAGCAACGUUCAGAUGGCUAACUUCCAUACCUAUCAAGCACAUCCCUUGGCUUGCAGUGCCGCUGUUCAAGUUCAAAAGAUUGUACGCCGUGACAAGCUUGUUGAAAGGGCUGCUGAGACUGGAAAAUAUUUGGGUGAAAAGCUUCACCAGACCUUUGACUCUCAUCCUCAUGUCGGUGAUGUCCGUGGUAAAGGUUUAUUUUGGGGUUUAGAAUUUGUAAAUGAUAAAAAAACGAAGCAAUGGUUUGAUCCUCAACUCAAGGUUGCUGCUUUAGUUAGUAAACUUGGUAUAAAAAAUGGACUUUUCCUCAAUCCUGGUUCAGGUACCUACGACGGUGUCCAUGGUGACCAUAUAAUGGUGGCUCCUCCAUAUGUUAUAACGAAAGAAGAAGUUAAUUCUCUAAUUUCUAUUUUAUCCAAGUCCAUCGAUGAAGCGAUUGCCAGCUUGCCAAACUAAUUAUUUAUGAUCCCAUAUUGAUGAAGUCAUAUGUUAUUCUUUGGUUAAAGAUUUUCCCUUAGUAUAAAAUAAAUUAUGAUCCAUUCUUUUACGAAUUAUUUCCGUGCAUAUCCUUUCUAAUCCUUGAUUUCAUUUAAAAGUAAAAUAAAAAUUUGUCCUAUGUUCGAUAAUGCUGAGUACGUAAAGGAA